UCCCCUACGUGCUGAAGAGCUGUGCAGAGUUCAUUGAGACUCAUGGCAUUGUGGACGGGAUCUAUCGCCUCUCAGGAGUGACCUCCAACAUACAGAAGCUGAGACAAGAGUUUGUUUCUGACCAAUGCCCAGAUCUGACAAGAGAAGUUUACCUGCAGGAUAUCCACUGCGUGGGGUCCCUCUGCAAGCUGUACUUCAGGGAGCUGCCCAACCCUCUCCUCACUUAUGAGCUCUACAAGAAGUUCACGGAAGCAGUGUCGCGCUUCCCCGAGGACGAGCAGCUGGCACGGAUCCAGGAUGUCCUGCAGGAGCUGCCACCACCCCAUUACAGGACACUGGAAUACCUGAUCAAGCACCUGACUCACCUGGCCUCCUUCAGCAACAUGACCAACAUGCACACCAGGAACCUGGCCUUGGUGUGGGCUCCCAAUCUCCUCAGGUCAAAGGAGAUUGAGGCAGUUGGCUGCAGUGGGGAUGCAGCUUUCUUGGAGGUGAGAGUGCAGCAGUUGGUGAUUGAGUUCAUCCUGAAUCACGUGGAUCAGCUCUUCAGCAACAACAGAAAAGCCAGCUCUGCAGAGAACAUUGAGAGCACAUCGGUUGUGAAGAGCCUGACCCUCCCCUCGGCCUCCCUGCCCAUGAAGCUGGUGAGCCUGGAAGAAGCUCAGGCACGGAGCCUGGCUGCCUCCCACCCUGCUCGCAAGGAGAGAAGGGAGAACAGCUUGCCUGAAAUUGUCCCUGUGACUGGCUCCCUCUUCCACACGGUUGUUGACCUCCCCGACAGCAAGAGAAAAUUAUCUACCAAGUCCAAGAAAUGGAAGUCGAUAUUUAACUUGGGCCGUUCUGGCUCCGAGUCGAAGUCUAAGCUGAGUCGAAACGGGAGCGUCUUCGUCAGGGCCCAGAAGCUUUCUGAAAAAGCAACUAUUCGGCCUGCGAAGAGCAUGGACUCGCUGUGUUCCCUGCCAGUGGAAGGUGAGACAUCCACUGCCCGUGCUCCAAGGGUGGAGGGCUGGGCCUCUGCACCCCCAGCUUUCCCCCACGCUUCCUUGGAUCUCACCAUGUUGCCUAUCUUCGUGUGCUUAUGCCGGGAGGAUGAAAAGAGCAGGUUCAAGCGGACAGUGACUACUGGAGGGUUUUUUGUGCCGGUGAUGAAGAUACGGACGGGAGGCACAGGCAGCUCGUAUGACCUCAGCAAGGAGAAUGAAUGGGAGCGGGAAGGAUCUGCUACGGGAGGCAAAGGAAGCUCAGAGCUGAGUGGGGAGAAAGGUCCUCCCCGGACACCUCAGGCCAAGUCACCCCCCGAGCAGCUGAAG